CCUGAGCCGCGAGACUGCCAAACUCUUUCAGCCUUGCUGCAGCCCACCUACACCUAGGUCCAUCGCAGAGCAACCGUCGCGACAUACAUCAUCCACACCCUUCAACGCAUCCUCCACCCCCGAAAUUGCCCAUCAUGUCGACCGAUCCCAAGAUCCAGGAGCUCCUCACCAAGACCCGCAACGAGCUCACCGAGUACGAGAUCGCCCAGCUCGAGGAGCAUGAGUUCAGUGCCGGACCUCUCUCGAUCCUCCAGACCGCCGUGCGCAGCCACACCCAGGUUCUGAUCUCCAUCCGAAACAACCGCAAGCUUCUUGCGCGCGUCAAGGCCUUUGACAGGCACUGCAACAUGGUUCUCGAGAAUGUCAAGGAGAUGUGGACAGAGACCCCGCGCCUUGCCAACGGCAAGAAGGGCCGCCCCGUCAACAAAGACCGCUUCAUUAGCAAGAUGUUCCUCCGUGGUGAUAGCGUCAUUCUGGUUCUUCUGAGCUGAAGGAGUUUAACGGUUACGAACGAGAGCGAGUUGAGAGUGUCAGUCUUGGUGCCGCCCCCCCAUACAUGGUCAUCAACGAAAACGUCCAAAACACGACGCGUUAUAUCGGGCAAAGGAGCAAAACAAGGGCAACUAUGUACCCGGAAGUAUGGAAGGGGGGAUCUCAAGCCUAACGAAAUGAAACGUCGACGGGUGCUACUGCUACUGUAGAAAAGGGGGGGACAAAUGUUCCCCUUGAUGGAAAGCAGCGAACGAACCCAAGCUGGGAGGAAAGACUGCGCGACAAAAAAAUACCCACGGUAGAGUGGUUUUUGUUUCAAAAAAAGGGACGAGAUAGGCGUUGACGACAAUCUGGAUUCUUUGGGUUCUUCUUUUCUUCAUAUCCGGCUUCCCCGCGAUUCGGCACCCGAACCAGCGUUCGUCCAUCCAUAUAUGUGCAACUAAACUAACCCACGCCCUCAUCCGCCGCCCCUUGCGACGCUAUUUUCCAAGCAGUA